GUCGGUCACUUCCGGUGCUGAGAGAUCUCUAUAGCGACAGCCCGGCCGCCGAGAGGAGACUAGUGUAGUUAACUCUAGUUAGUUUGCUGUUUAGUUAGAUUAGCCAUCAUGGCCAAAAGUGACGGCAGCUCGUACUUCAGGAGGUCCAGUGUGUUCUGGAUGCUGGUCGUGGCGGGUUCUCUGAGCUUUUUCACGUGGACGGUGUUCUGGCCUCAGGACGUCCCCUACAGCAGUCUGGGUCCCCUCGGAGCUCUGGCCAAGCAUUGUGUGGACUAUCACUAUCCUGUGAUGUAUUACGGAUGGUUUCUGACGUGGCUCAUCCAUCUCUUCGAGGCUCUCUUUGCGCUGAAGAUCUGCAGUGAUAAAGGCAUAGACAGCACCUCCACACGUUUCCUGUGGGUCGCUCAGACGUUCCUGUUUGGUUUCGCGUCUCUGGGUCUUCUGCUCAAAUACAAACCGGGCGGCCGAUCCAAACGCGAGUGACAGAAAGCGCAGCCUGACGCCGAUCCCCCGCAGGACGCUGAUCUUUAUAUUCCAGAGGAUUUAUCCACCAGCAGGUUAUAUUUGAACAGUCUCAUCCACCUCACUGAUUCGUUAAAGGCUAAAUGUCACCCGAGGCCUGGUUUACACGAUCCUGGUUCAGUGAAGCUCUAUCAGCAGUAUUAGUGACGUAACGUCUGUCAGAAAGUCACUUCAGCGCCGUGUGGGUACAGUCAGACUCUUACAGCGCAAAAUAAGAGCAAUAAACCUCUAAUACACACUGGUAUACAAAUCCAGGAAACAUGGUACACUUCACAGAGACAUGGAGAAGAAGGUAUUCAUCUAAAGAUUUGCUGAUAUAAACCAAACCUCCCGCUGUACAACAGAAUCAGAGUCCUCCAUAUAAAUGAUAAUAUUUACUUAAAGUGCUUUAAAACUAUUUUCACUCAGAAACUGCAUAGAUUAAACGGCUAGAAUUUUUUUUUGUAUGAAUUGUAAACACAUUCAUAUUUUUCAUACAGAUAAUUGUAUCCAAAAUUGAAAAGCAUUAUAUUUUGAGAAACCUCGUCUCUAUAAUUGGUCUUUUGCAUUAAUAGUGUAACGGUGAGUAGAUAUAUCUUAUAAUUGUGGGUACAAUUAUUCAAGAGGUCAUAAAAUGCAUAAUUAAUGCAUUCAUAAUUAAUGUAUUAUAAUAUGCAGUAAUAUUUUGUAUCAAAAGGUUUUAAAUAACGGUACUUUGUCCUAAAUUGAAAAUAAAAAUAAAACAAUACAUUUAUAAAUUUAUAAAAACAAUAAAAAAUAAAUUUUUCACUGUAUGUUUUGCUGUAAUAAAAUAAUGAAAUUAUAUUAAAAUUAAAAUGAGUCAAGCUUAGGCCCUGUGUCGAGAACAACUGAGAUACACUUUUAUUUUUUAGUGACUUACGAAUGAGGAAGAAUCAAAAUCAAGAAAAGAGCCAGAACGAGUCUGCUUGGCCUAACUAGAACACGUUACUCCACGCAUCUGGGUUUCUCAUUAUAUAAUAGAAUAGAGAAAGCGUCUUACAGUCUGCUCCGUUCGUAGACGGUUCACAGCUCAAAUAUGAAGGAUCUUUAUACCAGGCCGCCGCUGGACGUGAUGUUCCUCAGACGCUGCUGAUGGAGCAGACACCUGAACGCAGAGUAUUCCUCUGACCGUCUCUCUCAGCCGCUGCUGCUUCAGAAACACUUGUGUAAGUGCAGCUGGUUAUUUUUAGUACAGCAGAGCGUUAGAUUCCUCCAGACUUCUGUGUUUUGGCUGGAGUUCGUGUGAUUAUGACGUGUGUGUUUAGUGUGAACGAAGGAAAAUAAACCGCCUGAUUUGA